CCCAUUAUCCACCAGCUGCCUUUAGCCCAUAGCUAACCAAUUUCUGAAUUCUGAUCUUCCCAGAAGCUCAAUUCCUGUUGAAAGAAGAUGGAACCAGUCAAGCCCCAAAACCGUCAAGCCAGUUUGAGCAAAUUCAGCAAUACCCACCUUCUACAGCUAGUCUCCAAGUUGCCAGCUUCUGUGUUCUUUUUCUCUGUGAUAUUGCUCUGUUCUUCACUAUUUCCUUUCAUAACAUUCAAGCUAAUGCAAUUCCUCAGCUGCAAGAUAAGCAAGAACUACAUGUUCCUUCUUUGCAAUGGGAUUCUGGUUUUAAUUGUCAAGAAUUCAGGUCUCAUCAACAAGUCUCAACCUCAAGAAACUAAUCAGAUCAAUGGUGAAACCAGCAUAAAGAGAUCAAUUGAAUUGCCAGAGUUGAAAACAGAGGUUGCAGAAGGAAAGACUGUGGCCAUGGAACAAAACUCUGAGGAAAAUGUUCUCUUGAUCACAGAAGACGUAGCUGAUGAUCAAAUUGAAGAAGAUGAACAAGGAGAAGAAGAAGUUGGAUUGUUGAGUGCAGAAGAGUUGAACAAGAAAUGUGAAGAUUUUAUAAGAAAGAUGAAAGCAGGAAUCAAAUUUGAAGCUCAACAACAAAUCUUGGUUCAUUAGUUGUAUGUUCAAAAUUUUCUUAAAUCUUUGGGUCUACAAAAUUCUGACUCUGUGUAUAAAUCUCUUCAAGCUAUUGUAUGAUUUCUGGUAAUGUUAAUUAAUUUUAGAAAAUUUAUU